AUGCAGACCAUGCAGAAACGAUUUGGUCGAAUGACCUCCAAGCGAACUGCCGAUGACAGCCAGGUCGCUGUUCUUUUAAAGGAUUUCGAAGACGCAGAUUCCUUGUUGACUAAAAUCGCAGAAUCUACCAGAGCCUGGCGUGAUGCCUGGGUAUCAAUUGCGACCUUCCAAAGUCGCAUGGCUGAUGAAUUUGAUGGAUUCUAUGCGCCCAUCAUCGGCUCUUCUGAAACAGACUCCCCGCAUCGACCCGUGGAAACCGAUCCCGCCCUGCUCGGUCGAACCAACCGGCUGAGAAAGGAAUUCGAUGAGCUUCGUGAAGAGAUGAUCCAGGAGCUUAAUACGAUGCAAAAGGCUCCUUGGCCCCCCAUGAAGAAAACAAUCAAGAAACGCAACGAUAAGAAGACCGAAUUCGAAAUCUACCAGGGUAAGGUCGAUAGCCUUAUCCAUAAACCGAAGCGCAGCGACCGCGAAAAUGCCAAUCUUGCCAAGGCGCAGGUUGAUCUCGCCAGUGCUAAAGAGGUAUAUCAAGCCGCGGAUCAAGACCUACGCCAACGCUUGCCACAUCUGAUAUCCCUCCUCUUCUCACUCGUACCCUUCAUUCUCACGGCACAAAUCGAGAUUCAGAACCACAUGCUGGGCACAUACUACACAGUGAUUCUCGCCUUCUGCGAAGAAACCGGACUACCAUCACCACCAGCCCCCUUCGACCAGAUAGUAUCGGACUACCAACAUGUCCAUGAUCCCGUGCAAAGCGAAAUCGAGAGCAUGAACUGCCUCAUCCACGGAAAGGCCCUCCGAGAAGCGCAAGCCAAGGAACUACAAAACAAACGGCCCUCCCUCGGCAGUCGCACAGCAAGCGUAGCAACCAAUGCCUCACGCCCAUCCCUCUCCUCUCGACCAUCCAUCUCAUCAAUCUCAUCCAGCAUUCGCAGCAAACCAGCCGCGCAACCCCCAAUGCUCGGCCCAAAGCCCACCACCUGCGCAGAGGAAAUCCGCGCCACGUCCCCAUCCUCUUCAUACAUGGCAUCCCGCAGCUCCGUCUCCGCCUCCAUCGCUAGUACGUCAGGUACAUCUCCACUUCCAUCGGCGCAUGGAUCCUGGAUGCCCCCUCCAGACAGCAUGCCUUCUCCGCAAACGACGACCCCCGUACCCAGCGGUGUCUCCUUUUACCCGGCUGCCCGGCCGACGGACCAUUUCCAGCAGAGUCGGCUCGCUUCUUUCUGGACCAUCCAUCCCCUUCACCAAUGCCGAGCCUUUUGCCAUGGCCGCGUUGAAGAAGAAGAAACCUCCUCCUCCCCACCCCGGCCGACCUUCGUCACGGCCUUGUACGACUUUGAUGGACAGGGCGAUGAUGAUCUGAAAAUUCGAGAGGGGGAUCGGAUUCGCAUUGUGAAGAAAACUAAUAGCACGGAUGACUGGUGGGAGGGUGAGCUUGGUGGUGUGCAGGGGUAUUUCCCGGCAAAUUAUGUCGAGUAG